AACUGUGUUUUCUUACAAAAUCGGAACAUGUUACAUUUUAUCAAAAUAGUAAUUGAUUCUUGCAUUUUUUUUUUAAUUUGAAAAAACUUCAUAAAAUGAAUUUUACUACAAAUAGGAAUACUUUUUGUUGGAUGCACUAAAGAGUAAAAAGCAAGUUAUAAAUAGUUCAACGAGUUGUAACGGAUCGCAACAAAACGUGGGAUGGCUCAGUGUGGAGCGAAGCGUCAACACUUUCUAUACCGUCACGUAAAAAAAAAUAGCUAAAUAUUCAGUGUGUUAUUUGGUUGAGCCUAGAAAAGUUGCACAAGUAAGACGUUCUUCAUCAAUAUGAAUAACGAAUCCUAUUUCCGUGUAAAACAUUUGAAGAUAUUACGGAAACAAAAGUUCAAUGCCCAACACAGUGUCUUGGGGUUGUUGUUUUUCACGAGCAGUGUUUGUUAUUUCUUCUUUAUCAGCAGCCAGUCGACGAACGUGUUUCACCAACAGAAUUCCAACAAAUCAAAUGCUGGUGAAAUAACCAUCGAUCGAGGUCUGUACGACUACCUGGCGUUCCAUUUACGCGACACUCCGUACGACGGCGUCGCUAAUUACACUCGAUUCAUGAUAACCGCCUUGGGUUUAAAAGGAUUGCAUGGCGUCGAACCCCUGGUCGCCGGCAUGGGACUAGUUAUCAACGAUAUUACCUCGUUCAAGUAUCCGCUCAGUAUCAGCCCUUGUCGCCAGCAGGACACAGCCGGAAAUGCAAACAGUCGCAGCCUUUUGAUAUCCAUCAUUUCCGCUCCGGAUAACUUUGAGAAACGUCAAACGAUUCGUCGGACGUGGUCGAACCAUUUGACCAAUCAGACCAACAUUCACAGACUAUUAGAAAUUGUCGGAUUCGGUUUCGUAAUAGGCUUAACAAACAAUUCUUUGGUUCAGCAAAAGAUUGAAGAGGAAAGUGAGAGAUAUGGUGACAUUUUGAAAAUCAACGUUAUUGACAAGUACGUUAAGUUGUCAGUUAAAGUGGCGGGUCUCAUCAACUGGGUCAGCGCUUAUUGUCAACGAGUGGAUUUCGUACUGAAGGUGGACGACGACGUCUACGUGAACGUUCAUAAUUUGGCUACGGUUCUCCACUCUCUUCCGCCAUCCGAACGCAGCGUCUACGGCCACACUGCCGGAGGAAAUCAUCCGUCCCGAACCGAAGGUAAAUGGGCAACAAGCUUUGAAAAUUGGCCGUGGUACCAAUUUCCGACGUAUUUUCAAGGAGCGGGAAUCGUCAUCGCCGGUAGUGCCGUUCGUUCGCUACUCUCGGCCAUCCAAACCACGCCUUAUUUCAUUUGGGACGACAUGUAUCUCAUUGGACUCUGCGCUGUCAAAGCUGGGCUAAAAAUCCGCACAUCCAACCGAAUUUUCUUCGAUGUGCCGGAAAAUUAUGCUGAUCCGUGCUUCGUGCACUUUGCAGUGAUGUGGUCAACCCAGUCGGCAGAUUGGAUGCGCUCGUCGAACAAAGUUUGCCAGAAUUAUUACCGCAAUCCUAGAGCCGCUUAUUGCGUCGUCGACAACCAAAUUCAACUUGUGAAUGGCCCGGCCUCUGCGUCUGAAUUUUCCUUCGGUUUUCUUGACCACAACUGAUAAUAAGUAUCACGAGUUGAGAAAUCACCGAAGGUAAAAAUACUCGAGAAAGUGAACAUCGCAAUUAUUU